GGGAGGGGAAUCGCCCCUUUAAACACAAUCCACCCGGCAGACGCCCCCAUCAGCACUGGCGCGGGCGGUGUUGCCGCUUUAAGGGCCACCCUGCCACGGCGCAGCCCCCCGCCUCCGCGCGUUCGGCGAGCCGAGCGGAGCCGCCGGGCAGCGAGAGCAGCGCGGGCCGCCGCCGCAGCAGGAGCAGCAUGUCCUGAGCCGGGCGGAGGCGGCGAGGAGCCCCCACCACGGAGGGGACGGUGGAGCAGCGGGCCAAGGGCCGGGCCCCCAUGAAGGAGAAGGAGGUGGGGGCGGAGCGGGGCAAGCCCGCCACUUACACCGGGGACAAGAAGGCGCGCAUGGCGGCCAAGACCAACAAGAAGUGGGUGCGCCUGGCCACCGUGCUGGCCUACGUGCUCUCCGUCUCGCUCGCCGCCAUCGUGCUCGCCGUCUACUACAGCCUCAUCUGGCAGCCAGUGCGCGGCGGCUCCGGCGCCGCCUUGCAGCCCCACGCCGCCGUGCCGCCGCCGCCAGGCCCUGCGGCCAGCGACGGACCUCGGCCCGCCGCGGCCUCGCAGCCCCCCAGAGUGGCAAGACCCACGCGGGAGACUCUGCCAGCGCCGCCGCGGACGGGCUCCGACCGCGGCCCCGGCCUCGCCGACACGGACCGCCUGGCCGCGUCGCCGCCGCCCGCGGCUGAGGCGGGCACGGCCGUGCUGCGCCCUGUGCGCGCCAGCCCCUGAGGCGAGCGGGGCGCCCCUUCCCCCCCCCCCCCCCCCCCUCCGACCCCCGCGGCGGCGGGCAGCCGUUAACAGUCGUCCCUCGCUCGGGGAGGCGCCGCGGGAGAGGAGGCUUCGGAGCCCCGCGGCGGCCCGCCGGGGAGGCCCGGCCUCGGGAGAGCGGCUUGCGGCGAGCAUCUGCGCCUCUGCCCCGUCUCGGGACCGUGUCCGUUCCUCGGGCCGCCCCCAGGGCGUCGUCGGGACCAUCCGGAGGGAGGCGCGGCGGUGGAGGACCCUGUUAGGUGGGACUGCGCCUUGGCUGCCCGGCAGUGGGGUGGAGAGGCCCCUCUGCCUGCCGCGCUGGUGAGACCCAAAGAGCUCAGGCUGGAGACUGGCCCAGCCAAGGGGUCAGCAAGGGAAGGAAACAUUUUUACAAGUAUAACUCCAGUACUUUCCCCCCUAGCCCCUCUUUCUUCCAAAGGGAAUUUUGUGGGUUUUUUUCCCCCCCUCACGGGGAUUGUCUUCUCCCUUUGAACCUGCAUUGAACUCGUAUGCUAUUUAUGACGAUCUGUUACCUAUAAAAGGAUAUUGGUGUCCAAAUUCUUCACUAUUUACAAGAUCAGCUGGGAACAUGAUGAAUUUAGAGGCUGUAAGCUGGCUGUAAAAUCAGUUUUGUUUAAUAAUGAGCAUAAAUUUAUUUGAAAAUAUGUGAAAGGUAAAUUGACUUGUUUACUAUAUUAAAAUAUUUUCCCACUAUGAAAGUCUCUGUAAUACAGUAUAUUCUCUUUGUGGUGGAGGGAGAGCACUGGGAGAAGUGUCAGACUGGAAGGACUCCUUGGGUAGCGAAAACAAACCGCCUGUGGUAACAGGCAAACUAUAGCAUUUCUGUUGAUUCACUUGUCGUUGGUCCUCAUAGGUGAGGCUUAGAGAAACCUCCACCAGCCAGAUGUGUGUUAACUCCUGUUAUUCAUGGCAACUAGGGAUUUGUGAGGAGAGAAGGUUUGAGCUUUUGCAGGAGAAGCAGAGCUCACAGUGAGUGCUAGUGGGCAGCUGCAGUGGUGCA